AAUGUCAUUUUCUUUAUAUAUUCACUUAGGCACUGAUAUUUCACGCAAAAAGUAGUAAAUUUUCUCGAUUUUGUGAUCCUCCUACUUGGUUCCGAGAAAGCUUUGUAGUGAGCAGAUAUAAUGGCUGUUGAAAGGUCCGGAAUUGCCAAAGAUGUUACGGAAUUGAUUGGUAAAACCCCAUUAGUAUAUCUAAAUAAACUUGCGGAUGGUUGUGUUGCCCGGGUUGCUGCUAAACUGGAGUUGAUGGAGCCAUGCUCUAGUGUGAAGGACAGGAUUGGGUAUAGUAUGAUUGCUGAUGCAGAAGAGAAGGGACUUAUCACACCUGGAAAGAGUGUCCUCAUUGAGCCAACAAGUGGUAAUACUGGCAUUGGAUUAGCCUUCAUGGCAGCAGCCAGGGGUUACAAGCUCAUAAUUACAAUGCCUGCUUCUAUGAGUCUUGAGAGAAGAAUCAUUCUAUUAGCUUUUGGAGCUGAGUUGGUUCUGACAGAUCCUGCUAAGGGAAUGAAAGGUGCUGUUCAGAAGGCUGAAGAGAUAUUGGCUAAGACGCCCAAUGCCUACAUACUUCAACAAUUUGAAAACCCUGCCAAUCCCAAGGUUCAUUAUGAAACCACUGGUCCAGAGAUAUGGAAAGGCUCCGAUGGGAAAAUUGAUGCAUUUGUUUCUGGGAUAGGCACUGGUGGUACAAUAACAGGUGCUGGAAAAUAUCUUAAAGAGCAGAAUCCGAAUAUAAAGCUGAUUGGUGUGGAACCAGUUGAAAGUCCAGUGCUCUCAGGAGGAAAGCCUGGUCCACACAAGAUUCAAGGGAUUGGUGCUGGUUUUAUCCCUGGUGUCUUGGAAGUCAAUCUUCUUGAUGAAGUUAUUCAAAUAUCAAGUGAUGAAGCAAUAGAAACUGCAAAGCUUCUUGCGCUUAAAGAAGGCCUAUUUGUGGGAAUAUCUUCCGGAGCUGCAGCUGCUGCUGCUUUUCAGAUUGCAAAAAGACCAGAAAAUGCCGGGAAGCUUAUUGUUGCCGUUUUUCCCAGCUUCGGGGAGAGGUACCUGUCCUCCGUGCUAUUUGAGUCAGUGAGACGCGAAGCUGAAAGCAUGACUUUUGAGCCCUGAAUUCCCGUUUAAGGCUCUCACUACUGAAUUUUCUUGUUACUUGUACCAGGCUUUAACUAGAUUGUUAGAGUACUACUGUUUGUGACUCUGACUCUAAAAUAAAACUUGCUCCAAAAGACUAGUUUUUCUUGAUGCCCCUGGAGCGAUAAUUUUGUGCCUGCAACAUUAAAAAGUAUUCAAAGUUGCUUAUAAGUAACAUGUUUCAUCUUUUGUUGUUGUUGAGACGAACACGGAUGAGGUCAUAAUACCAUGUUUCUGAUUUCCUUUGGUAGGGAAGAUAUAGACCGAAGUUGAUUUGUUGGA